AUGGCGUUCCGAACGGGCAAUGAUGCCAUUUGGUGCCGAGCGUUUUUGCUCUCAUUGGAGGACGAGGCAUUGGAAUGGUUCAAUACCCUCCCCCCUAAUUCAAUAGAAAACUUUACCGGGUUAAAGCAGCUAUUCAUUAAACAAUUCGCGGCCAGUAGUACCCAAGACUUGACCGUAUUCGAAUUAAUGACCCUCAAGCAGGGGAAGGAUGAAGCGCUGCGGACGUUUAUGGACAGGUAUCAGAAGACCGUCCGGCGCGUGAAAAGCCUGACGCCAGAGCUUGCCCUUCACUAUAUCCUGCCGGCUCUAAAGCCGGGGCCGUUUAAGGAUAGCGUCUGCAGACGAGCGCCCAAAACAAUGGAAGAGUUGAGGGAACGAGCGGCGGAUGAGAUAAGGGUGGAGGAGAUGAAGCUCUCAUACAAGAGGGAGAAUCAGGAGGCCAGUGGAGAAAGGACGGACGAUAAUAAGCCCGGUCAGUCGACGGGGAAAACGUCCGGUCCUAGGCCCAGGGAGCAGAAUAAGGGACCCCGUUUCCAACAGUACACACCUCUGAACGCCCCAAGGGAGAAAAUCCUCCGAGAGGCCCUAAGCGCAGAAUUGAUACCGGAGCGGGAAGGGCUCCCGACAGCGAAGAACGAUGACCGGAGCAAGCACUGUGCAUACCAUAAAAAUAUGGGUCAUACCACCGAGGAGUGUUGGACCCUCAGGGAUAAGAUAGAGGAGCUCAUCCGGGCGGGAAAGCUUAAGAAAUACGUCCGUGAUGAGCGCCCGCCACAAUCAACCGAACGGCCUGCUCAGAGGUCGGCGUACCGAAAAGAUAAGUCGAGGAGCGCGAGAGCGGAGCGACCCCGCUCAAAGAGGCGACCAAGCCGAAGUCGAAGCCGCAGCCGGGAACGCCCCUUGAGAGGACAUAUCAACACUAUUUUGGGAGGAUUCGCGGGAGGAGGAUCGUCUUCCUCCGCCCGUAAACGCCAUGUUCGGGCCCUCCAAUCCGUGCAUUUGGUGGACAAGCCACGCCGCUCCAUGCCGCCCAUUACCUUUUCGGACGAAGACUUUCACGCCCCUGAUCCUGACCAGGACGACCCGAUGGUCAUAACGGCAGAGAUAGCGCGGUAUGAGAUCAGUAAGGUUCUGGUUGACCAGGGAAGCUCGGUCAACAUCCUCUAUUGGAAGACCUUCUUGCAGAUGGAUAUCUCGGAGGACCUCAUCGUCCCUUAUGAUGGGCAGAUAAUGGGCUUCGCGGGAGAAAGGGUUGAUACUAGGGGGUACGUAGAAUUGAGAACAAGGUUGGGAACCGGACACUCCAGCGAGGAGAAGAGGGUCCGAUACCUGCUGGUAGAAGCUAACACGUCGUAUAACGUACUGCUCGUAAGGCCGUGUCUAAACGCAUUUGGAGCAAUCAUCUCUACCCCUCACCUCACGAUGAAGUACCCCUCCGAAAAGGGAACAAUCUGUACGGUUCGGGCGGACCAGAAGACGGCACGGGAGUGCUACGCGGCGGGGUUGAAAUUGCACGUCCGACCACUGAAGAGGCGGGCGGCUGGCUCUGAGGUGGCCAUGGCAGACCUCGACCCAAGAACGAAUACCGAGGACCGCCUGGAGCCUAUUGGAGAAACCCAACCUAUCUUGAUAGGAAGGGAACCCAGUCAGACCACCCUCAUCGCCAGGGAGUUGAACCCUGAGAUGGAAAAGGAGUUGAGGGCACUCCUAUGGAAGAAUCGGGAUCUAUUCGCGUGGACGGCAGCCGACAUGCCGGAAAAGGCGAAGAAUGGGCGAGGAGAAACGAAAGGCUGUGGAGGAGGAAGUAGAGAAGUUGAAAAAGAUGGUUUUGUUCGGGAAGUCACGUACACCACGUGGCUAGCUAACGUGGUUAUGGUGAAGAAGGCCAGUGGAAAGUGGCGCAUGUGCACUGACUACACGGACCUGAACAAAGCCUGCCCGAAAGAUUCGCACCCCCUACCCAGUAUAGACGCCCUGGUGGACGGAGCUUCUGGGCAUCGAGUGCUGAGUUUCCUGGAUGCAUAUUCCGGAUACAACCAGAUUCCUAUGUAUGGACCGGACGUUGAGAAAACGGCAUUCAUAACAGAGAAGUCCAGCUUCUGUUAUGAGGUCAUGCCAUUCGGCCUGAAGAAUGCGGGGGCGACGUACCAACGCUUAAUGGACAGGAUCUUCCGGGACCAAAUAGGCCGGUGCAUGGACGUAUAUGUGGACGACAUGGUAGUCCGGUCCGCGGAGGGAGAGGGGCAUCUUAAAGACCUUGAGGAGGUGUUUCGCCAAGUGAGGAAGUUCGGCAUGCGCCUAAACCCCGCCAAAUGCACAUUUGGGGUAGCUGCCGGAAAGUUCUUGGGUUUCAUGUUGACAUCCAGGGGGAUCGAGGCCAACCCGGACAAGUGUGAAGCAAUACUACAAAUGCAAAGUCCGACCACCCUUAAGGAAAUCCAAAGACUGGUCGGACGCCUCACCGCCUUGUCCCGAUUUAUCCCCAACCUGGCGGCAAGAAUGAGGCCGGUCCUGCGAAAAUUGAAGAAAGGGGCCGGCCCGGCCUGGGACGACGAGUGCGAACGAGCGUUCCAGGACGUCAAAACCAUCCUUGUAAACCCACCAGUCAUGAAUCGCCCGGUCCCAGGAGGGGACCUACAUAUUUUCCUAGGAGUGUCGGAGACGGCCAUCAGUGUCGUGCUAAUGCAGGAACGGCCUCAGGCGAGGCUAAUUUAUUUUGUGAGUCGCACGCUCCUAGACGCCGAAAUUCGAUACCAGCGGGUAGAGAAGGUGGCCUUAGCUUUGUUGCACGCCUCCCGAAGGCUUCGUCCUUACUUCCAAAGCCAUCAGGUGAUAGUCAGGACCGACUUCCCUAUCUCCAAAAUCCUCAGGAAGCCGGACUUAGCCGGACGGAUGGUGGCAUGGGCGGUUGAGCUCUCGGAAUUCGGCUUACGGUAUGAGCCGAGAGGAUCGGUCAAAGGCCAACACUUAGCAGAUUUCGCGGCCGAGCUACCACCGUCCAGCCAGGACGAGUUGAACUUGUAUGUGGAUGGAGCGUCUGGUCGAUCAAUCUGCGGGGCCGGCAUCGUGCUCGAGGGCCCCAACGGAUUCCUGCUGGAACAUUCCCUGAUCUUCAAGUUCAAGGUAUCCAACAAUCAGGCCGAGUAUGAGGCCCUGGUGGCCGGCCUUGAGCUGGCAAAAGACAUGGGGGCAAGGAGAAUAACGUGCCGGACGGACUCAGAGCUGGUAGUGGGUCAAAUGAAUGGCAAUUUCCAAGUCCGGGAGGAACGUCUAUUGCGGUAUUUCCAACGAGCAACGGACCUCGCAAAAGCGUUCGAUAAAGUUGACAUUCAGCACAUUCACAGGGAACAAAACGCGAGGGCAGACGUACUAUCUAAACUUAGUUCGGGAAAGGAAAAGGGACAGUUAACUACUGUCGUGCGGCAGGUUCUACUUCAGCCUUCAGUAGAGUGUUCGGCAGUGUCCGACGGGGGAAAGGAUUGGCGAACAGAAAUCAGGGAAAUCAUGACUUGCCAGGAUGAAGGGCGGACGGUAGGCCCGCGCGAAGCCAAGAAGGUCGCCCGAUAUUUUGUGGUGGGGGAUGACCUGUAUUGCAGAGGAUUCUCUUCCCCUCUCCUCAACUGCUUGGGAGAGGCAGAAGCACAGUACGUCAUGGACGAGCUCCAUAACGGCAUUUGCGGCUUUCACACAGGUUGGCGGACGCUAAAAGCCCGGCUACUGAGAGCCGGAUAUUACUGGCCUACCGUGGAAGCAGACACAAGGGCGUUCGUCCAAAGAUGCGUUCGCUGCCAAGAGCAUUCCAACAACUCCAACCUACCGCCGCACGACCUCCAUUCAAUAUCUUCCCCGUGGCCGUUCGCCCAAUGGGGUAUGGACAUCGUAGGACCGUUCCCAGUAGGGCAGGCACAGAAGAAGUUCCUCCUGGUGGCGGUGGAUUACUUUACCAAGUGGGUAGAGGCCGAGGCCCUGGCAACCAUCACGGCCGCCCAAGUCCAGAAGUUCUGCUGGAAAUUGAUAUGUCGCUUCGGCCUCCCUCGGUCAAUCAUCACAGAUAACGGCCGGCAAUUUAUCGACAAGAAACUAGCCGAAUUCUUCAAAGGAUUGGGGAUUAAGCACGUCACCAGUUCAGUAGAACAUCCCCAAACGAACGGACAAGCGGAAGCAAUGAAUAAGACCAUAGUCUCGGAGCUUAAGCGGCGUUUGGGAGAAAAGAAGGGAGCGUGGGUGGACGAGUUACCCGAGGUCCUAUGGGCGUAUAGGUGCACACCUCAUGGAACCACAGGCGAAACCCCUUUUAACUUAACUUAUGGUACUGAUGCUAUGUUACCGGUGGAACUGGGUGAACCGUCCCUGAGGCGGCAAGUCGAAGACCUGAACCUCAACGACCAAGAGAUGAGGAUCGAGUUGGACUCCCUAGAUGAACGGCGGGACCGGGCGGCAUUGAGGGCCGAAGCAUGCAAACGGAUGGUUGAAAGAAAAUACAACUCCAAAGUCCGGCCAAGGAGCUUCCAGGGGGGGACCUAG